AUGGCUCUCCUCGACGCAACGACGCCGCCGGCGGGGGGCCCUACGCUCUUUGGCAUCACCAUGAAGCAGCUCUCCCUCAUCACGAUUAUGCACUACUCCCGCAUCAUGCCCCCGGUGAGCGACCACCGAUACUUCACAUCCACCGCCGUCUUCCUCAACGAGGUCAUCAAGCUGUCCAUCUGCUUGACCUGCUCCAUCGCCGAGGUCUCCCGCACCCUGGCCCCCUCCACCCCCGCCACCGUCAUCUUCGAGCAGAUCUACAACCAAGUCUUCUCCGGCGACGGCUGGAAGCUCGCCAUCCCCGCCACCCUGUACACUCUGCAAAACACCCUGCAGUAUGUCGCCGUCGGUAAUCUCGACGCUGUCCACUUCCAGGUGCUCUACCAGCUCAAGAUCCUCACCACCGCCAUCUUCUCCGUCACCAUGCUCCGCCGCUCUCUCGGCAUGAAGCGCUGGAUCUCCCUCAUCGUCCUGACUCUCGGCGUCUCCAUUGUGUCCCUCCCCCAGCCCUCAGGGGCCCACUCCGGCGACGCUGUUCGCGGCAGCAUCCUCCUCCACGAUACCACCGACCACUUCUUCCCGCGCUCUGUUCACGAGCUCGGCCAAGCUGCAGAGGGCGCCGCCGAGGUUGCCCGCGAAUUGACCAAGCGCGCCGCCGACGGCCUUGCUGGCGUCGGCGAGAAUGUCGUCGGCAGCGUUAUCGCGAAGCGCUCCGCCUCGUACCAGGGAAUUCAGGAGGACCAGGACCUCGCCCCGCUGAUGAACUAUUCGAUCGGUCUCUCCGCCGUCCUGGUCGCUGCCGUCGCAUCAGGACUCGCAGGCGUGUACUUUGAGAAGAUGCUCAAGGACUCGCCCACUCCCGCCACUGUCUGGACGCGCAACAUCCAGUUGUCCUUCUACUCUCUCUUCCCCGCGCUCGCUGGUGUUAUCUUCAAGGAUGGCGAGGAUAUUGCCCGCCACGGCUUCUUCGAGGGCUACAAUUGGGUUGUCUGGACUGCGAUUGUGUUCCAGGCCGUCGGCGGCGUCCUGGCGUCGCUCUGCAUCAACUACGCCGACAACAUCGCCAAGAACUUUGCCGCGAGCAUCAGCAUCGUCAUCAGCUUCCUGUUCAGCGUGUGGUUCUUCAACUUUGAGGUCAACUUCACUUUCCUCGCCGGCACUGCCUUCGUUCUGGCCGCGACGUACCUCUACAGCAUCCCCGACCGAAAGGGCCGCCCGCCACCAAUCACCAUCGCAAGCUACGAAAAGCCCAUGGUCGAUCCCGCCUACACGCCGCAGAUCACGGACGAAGGAAAGCUGAACCUCGACCCCCUCGAGUCGGUGCGCAACAUGGGUCUUUCGACGUCCAGGCCAUCGUCGCCCAUGCUGCACCACCACCGCGUCCCUUCAGCCAGGGGCAAAAACCGCGACGAUUAA